GACCCGCCCUUCCAGCGCCCCGCAGCCUGUUGCUUCCAAACCAUCUAGCAGAUCCAAAUGAUGUUGUGACCCCUUACUGUACUGAAACACUGACCUUUAACUCAGGGUUUGUUUGGUUUUUUGUCUGCUUUCCCUUGAAGACUCUACUUUUCUGCACAGAUCUCAGGUUAAAUCCACCAUGCGCAACGUGGACAACUGUCAAGAACUGCUAAGUGUGGACGUUUCCACCUUCUACCCUGCAGCCUGCCACUGUUAACCACCUCGGAGCCGCUUCAGCCUGUCCCUUUCAUGCACUGUGCAGAACUUCAACAUCAGAUGACGUAGUGGAGUGAGUCUGUGCGUAAUUCUGUGGGACUGCUGGGAAAAGUGCCUCUCCAGAGUCCUGUGUCGGAUCCCCCUCACCUGAAUUUGCACGCCACUCCCCACCGGUGCAGACCCUCCGCGUGGAUCAGGAUGGAGCCCGUGAUGUGGACACCGUGGGUUUGGACAGUCAUGCUUUUUCUCUGUAACAUACUCCCCGCUGCUUUGGCCAAAAGACACGUCGUGUAUUGGAAUUCCACAAACACAAGGUUAACAGCAGGUGAUCUGUCCAUCCAGGUGAAUCUGAACGACUACCUGGAUAUCUACUGCCCCUACUACCCUAAAAAGGAGACCCUGGACUCUACGCAGCCCGAGACACUGGCCCUGUACCUGGUGGGACAGGCAGCUUUCCAAGGUUGUGUAGAGACCAGAGGAGCCAUUAAGAGGUGGGAGUGUAACACCCCCUAUGCGCCGUUUGGACCGGUGCGCUUCUCUGAGAAGAUACAAAGGUUCACCCCAUUCUCAUUGGGAUUUGAGUUUCUGCCAGGGCACCACUACUACUAUAGCUCUCUACCUGCAGAUGAAGGUCCUCCUCUGCCAUGUAUGAAGUUGCGUGUCACUGUGUGCUGUGAGACCAAAUCAGAGGGUUCAAAACAAAAACAAGACUCAACGCAUCCGAAUAGUGUUUUCUCACCGAGAACAACUUUUUUCCCACUCCUCGUCCCUGUCCUCGUCCUGCUGAUCACAUGACUUCCUCAUCUGUCUGCUGACCUCGCACCUCUCCUCCGUGGGACAUUAAAGGACACAAUGCCAUCAACUCUCAAGACAGUGAAUGAUACAUUGCAAGCUAAGCUACGUUAUUACGCAUGACACACAGACAAUUUCCAGGAAAAAAAAUUGCGUGUCUUCUCAAAAACAGGGCCACAGUGACUCAGGGAACAACACAGCGAAUCACAGUGAUUCAUUUCUUGUUAUUUUCUUUCACCUGUUGUGUAAGUAGCACCAGAGAAUAUUACCCAUAAAGCAAAGGCAUAGUCAUGAGACUCUUACCCCGUUCUGGUGCCAGAAGAACAAUGAGUCUGUCAGAAUUUGUUCCUGCAAAGUUUUCUCACUUUUUCAUUGGUUUCUCAUUCCACUUCUCAUAUUUUGUCAUUGUUGCUACUUUUUUGAGUAAAUGACGCCAGCUGAAAAAAGUGGCCAAAUAUAUACGAACUCGUGCACUGACUCAGGAUGGAGGUCGAUCAGUUCCCUGUUAAACACUGUUCCUACUAAAGGCUGGAUAUUGAACUGAAACCACCUCACAUCCUUCUAAAGAUGAUAAAUGGGUUAAACUUUUGGAAAAUAAAGGAGUUUGAGGAGUAUUCUGGAAUAGUCAAGUAGGACUGUUGCGCCCCCUACUGGGACUAAACUGGGUAGACUGGAGUUGGACUGGUGUGGUCAUUAACCCCCAAAACUGGACACUAGAUUGUGAUGCUCUUAGGUGAAUAUGGGACCCAGAACAGAGGUAGUCCUUUCUGAUUGGACCGCCUGUUGUUUUGCCUCUUUAAGCCAUGCCAGUGUUUGGGAAUAAAGUGGAAAAAACAGAGAGGCUUAUGGGCAAAAUGGAGAGCAUCAGUGCGUCUCGCUCCACAGAACAUGCCGCGGACCACUGAGGAGGCUGAUUGGCUGAUGCUUCUGCUGACCAACCAGGUGUGCAGACACACUCACAGGGUUUUUGUUCCUUGUUUCUAUUUUUGCUGAUUUCUUUUUCUUAUUUCCCCCGUUGUUAUUGAUUGUUAGCUUUUAUAGUUAAUAUAUUCUACAAAAAGAAGAUAUAUUAACUGUGUAAAUCAGUGUUUUAGGAACAGCUUUACAGAUCUCCAUUAUUUAAAUGUCAGAUAAAACAAAUAUUUUAUUCAUACACAAACUAUGAUUUGUCCUCUGAACAUACACACUGUAUGUAUGUACUGGUAUAUUUUCAAUAUGAUCUCCAACAGUGUAGUUUCCCCAUUUUAAAUCAGUUUGUUGGUUAAUUCACCUCAUUUCUAUCUGAUUAUUGACCAAAAAAACCUCUAACAGAAAAAAUAAAUAAAUUACUAAUUUAUUUUCCAGAUUUUUUUAUUGAAUCGGAUAAUCAGUGUGUAUUUUCAAUUAAAACUUGAGUUUAUAUAUAUUUUAAUUUUUUUUUAUAAUAUCCCAACAAUUGUCAAGUUACUUUAGCUCAUAAAAUCUAAGGUUAAUUGUGCAAUUUAUUUUUCUCUUGAAACUACAUUGUCAGCACUUAAAUACUGUAUAUAUAAUAUAAUAUUCAGGUGUCAACAUGCUGUACAUCAUACCGCUCAUGCCAUUUUAUUUUCUAUUUUAAUUUUGUAAAUGGGUGUUAAAAGAAUUUUUGAGGAUUUGUUAAAUAUUUUCAGUAUUGUAGAAUUUAUAAACAUGUAUGUGUAGGGAUGUGUUUUUUUCAUGAUGUGUGUAUUAUGUUCUGCUUUCACAUUUUAGUGAAGGAUGUAGCUUCUUCUGUGAAGAGCCAACUGCAAUCUGAGCCCCUUUUACAUGGCAACAAAAUACAACAAAAUAAAUAUGAUUGCAUUAAA